UUAAACAUCAUUAUACAGUCAGUAUACAUCAGUAUAUUACUUUUAAAAUUUUUUAUUUAACACAUUACUUACAAAUUCAAUACAAUUAAUAAAUUCAAUUGUUUUAAAACUAUAAAUAACCAUGCGUGAAAUAUGUCAUUUACAAGUAGGUCAAUGCGGAAAUCAAAUUGGUGCAAAAUUCUGGGAAGUCAUAUCCGAUGAGCACGGUAUCGACCCAACCGGGUCAUAUCAUGGCGAUUCUGAUUUACAAUUAGAACGAAUCAAUGUCUAUUACACUGAAGCACUUGGCGGUAAGUAUGUUCCUCGAGCAGUUCUUGUGGAUUUGGAACCCGGCACCAUGGACUCUGUGAGGUCCGGCCCAUUCGGUCAAUUAUUUCGACCGGACAACUUUGUUUUCGGACAAUCCGGUGCAGGCAAUAAUUGGGCCAAAGGACAUUACACCGAAGGCGCUGAGCUACUAGAUUCAGUGAUCGAUGUAGUUAGGAAAGAAGCUGAGGAUUGCGAUUGCCUACAAGGAUUCCAGCUGACCCAUUCGUUAGGCGGUGGAACUGGUUCCGGGAUGGGUACACUUUUGAUAUCGAAAAUUCGUGAAGAUUACCCAGACCGCAUUAUGACCACAUACAGUAUCGUCCCCUCACCAAAGGUGUCUGACACGGUCGUCGAGCCGUAUAAUUCCACACUGUCGGUGCACCAGUUGGUGGAGAACACAGACGAGACUUUUUGCAUCGACAACGAAGCGCUGUACGACAUAUGCUUCCGAACGCUGAAGCUCACGACGCCCACGUACGGUGACCUCAAUCACCUGGUGUCGGCGGCCAUGUGCGGCGUGACCACGUGCUUCCGGUUCCCCGGGCAGCUAAACUCGGACCUCCGGAAGUUGGCUGUCAACAUGGUGCCGUUCCCGAGGCUGCACUUCUUCAUCACCGGCUUCUCGCCGUUGACGUCCCGUGGCAGCCAACAAUACCGCGCGCUCACCGUGCCCGAACUGGUCCAGCAGAUGUUCGAUGCGAAGAAUAUGAUGGCCGCGUGCAAUCCCGGGCACGGCCGAUACCUGACCGCGGCCAGCAUAUUUCGCGGCCGCAUGUCCAUGAAGGAGGUGGACGAGCAGAUGCUCAACGUGCAGACAAAGAACUCCAGCUACUUCGUCGAGUGGAUACCGAACAACACCAAGACGGCCGUGUGCGACAUACCGCCCAGGGGCCUAAAGAUGUCGGCCACGUUCAUCGGCAACACGACCGCCAUUCAGGAGAUGUUCAAGCGCGUAUCCGAACAGUUCACGUCCAUGUUCCGGCGCAAGGCGUUCUUGCACUGGUACACCGGCGAGGGCAUGGACGAGAUGGAGUUCACUGAGGCCGAGUCCAACAUGAACGAUCUGGUGUCCGAGUACCAACAGUACCAGGAGGCGACCAUCGACGAGGAUGGCGAAGAGGACUACGACGAAGACGCUGACGCAUAGACCGUCAGCUCCGUUCUGCGAGAUAUGGCAAAAUCGACUUAUUAAUAGACGCACGAGGUUAAUAACGCGCACCCUGUAUGCAUUUUUAUUCUACCAAAUUCAAAAUUUACUGAUUUGACAAAAAGGAAAAUCAAUGUAUUUUAUACGAUCGCUGAACAUUUUAAUAUAAUUAAAGGUGUCCAAUUUACCUUUUUAAUACCACA